AUGACCCCUCACAUGGCCCAGCUUGCCAGUGCUGUGCAAGAGAGGAGGUCGGCAUCCGGCGUGCACGAUCCAGGUGCUCCCAACGCCGAAAUGGUUGCCCACAGGCUGGCCGUUGCUCAGCGCGAGCGCGCCUUUGCCAAUUGGGACCCCUCGUACCCGGACGAGAAGAUCAGCUUCUACGAGGAGUUCAUUGCACGCCAUGCUCCUGUCCAGAUGAGCUGGCUGCAGCAGGCACACCAUGGCUCGGGCGACCAGAAGGAGCCUGCCGAGGCGACCGGCCUCGGUCUCUACUACGACGAGGGCACCCAGAUGGCCGACAAGGUAUUCGCGCCGCUGGACGACGGCAGCAUCGGCGUCUGGGACAUCAGCGCCCGGGAAAGACGCGCAUCUGAUACCAAGCAAGGAGCCAUGGUUGACAGGACCGAGCCCGGGCUCCUGGCCGGACGUGCACCCCUCGCCGAGAGCAAGGCCGUCAUGACCGAAACAGGCGCGGUCGAGUGCGUGAGCAUCGACAACAGGCAGAACAAAGGCUACUUUGCCGUCCUCAACGUCCUCAAAGAGGUCGACCUCGAUACGCUUCAAGUCGUCUCUGAAUCGAAGUAUCCUUUUCCAAUCACGACCGUGUCAGAGGCACGCCACCCAACCCCAGUCACCGUAGGAACCAACAUGACGAUUCAUCUGCAUGACCCGCGUCAACAGCAGUCUUCAGAUGACUCCAACCUGCAGCUCCGCUGUGAACUGAUUGCAGGCACUCCGCCGAAGGAUAGCUUCCGCGAUAUCCUGCUCGGAAAUGUCCCUCAGAAGCAUGCCACACUGUCCCAGCCCGGUCCGCUGUCAAUUCUUCACUUACCUGACCGCGAGUGGGAUGGGAACGGUGACAUUUGGGUGGCCGGCCGUUUCACCAGCCUCUUGAACUACGACAGACGCUUCUUUCCGCGCCUUCGGGGCACUGUUCACUCCGGUGCUCGCCUGUCUUCCAUGGCACUCAUCCAUCAUCCCUUUAUCCCGCGCAAUCUUGGUUUCCAUAGCAUGUACUUGGACAACACGCCGCACAAGGAUCCAUCAGUUACCGGCCAUACCAUAAUCGCAGCUGGCGAAUACAAAGGCAAAGGUGCCCUCGAGCUCUUCGGGCUCUCUCCCGACCCACGCCACACCAUCCUCUCCAGCGACACUGGCUCCGCUGUGCGGAACCGGGGUGCCUGCAUUCAGAACCGGCAGACAGCCUCAUCCUCAAAGCUUCUCAGCGUGACUACGCACGGGGCACGCCUGGUAUACAGCGACGGUGACGGCAACGUGAAAUGGAUGGAGCGCGAUGGCUUUACCCCCAUCCGGUCGUUCAACAUUAACCCUGACCGCUCAGACUCAUCCAACCAAUCACAGGCUCCGCGAGACGAUGGUCCCUUCGACGUCGGCACACUCUUCUCGGCACCAUCUCAGCAGCAUGGCGAGGGCGACAUUGUCCAGAAGCUGGUCCCUACGCUCUGCCGUAGCACCGUGGACAGCGCGCACAGUGCCGAGCUGAACAAGGACGAUCUUGUUGUCUGGACGGGCGAUGGGCGCAUCGGCCUCUUGGGCUUUGGAACGCGUCCGCUGUUUGAACAAGGUGAUUUUGAGGAGAGGAUGGAGAGUGCCGAGGAGCUGGCGAGGCUGAAGAGAGAGCACGAGUACGGCCGGACGAUGAGGAGGGCAUUGGAGAAGCAGGCGGCAGAUGUGCGAUUCGUGAGGGGGUUGGGUUUGGGGAGCAGAAGCUCCUGGUGA